AUGGAACCAGCCGAGGAUGCCGAAGAGCGGAAGCAACGCAGGAAGCUGCAGAAUCGUCUCAACCAGCGAACAAGGAGAUCGCGGCUAAGAGAACACGAUACCCCAGCCAGAACACACCGACGCCCGUACCAAGUCGACAAAUGGCGAUACACUUACCAAGACCCCGGCAAUACCAGUGGCAUUUCAACGUCUGUUCGGAGUCGUCAUCUCAUUAGCUCUUCACAAAGUAUUACACCAAGAAGCAGCAGCAAAGAGCUCGUCCUGACCAACGCAAAAGAACGAUAUACGAAGGCUCAGCUCGACAACCUCGGCUUCAGACCUCCCUCCCCUGCACAGGAUCAUCUGCUGCACCUCAUUCACCUAAAUGUGCUGCGCGGCCUCUUUGAUAACAAACUCGUACUUUUGGCUCUUGCUUCGUAUCUGGCAAAAUGCAACAACUCUCAGAGGCUGCAGCUCAUGCCUCCUGAACAGGUCCUCCCUGGCCGCGCAGCAAUCAUGUCAACCUCAACCGACCUUCCCAGGUCUCUUUGUCCAACCACGUUGCAGAAUACUCUUGUGCACGCAACAUGCAUCGACCUACUUCCAUUUCCAAGAAUACGCGAUAAUCUCAUCGAAAACGAGGGCCGAUUCAACUGGGCAGAGCUCAUCGAAGACUUGGUUGGCCACCUAGUCGACCCCUUCUGCUUCUGUGGGCCCCAAAGCCGACAAGAUACAUGUACGUCUAUCGCCGAAGAACAGGCGCCUUAUUACGGGGACGAGGAUGACUUCACGGCGAAUCGGAAUGGCAUCAUUGUGUGGGGUGCUGCUCAUUGUCCUGAAAGCUGGGAAGUUACCGCGGGUUUCUUGCGAAAAUGGGAUCUCGAGGGGAAGAACCACUCUUGCGAUCUAUAUGAAAUUUCUCAUCGAGUUCGGCAUGAAGGUCCUUACACACGGUACUGA